ACUAUUGGUCGAGACCGGUCGAUACUUUCCAGCAGUCUUCAGUGGGUUGUGACCGCAUAUGCGCUGACUUCCGACUGCUUUCUACUCCUCUUCGGCCGCCUGGCCGACCUGUGCGGACGCAAGUCCGCGUUCAUUUGCGGUAGUGUGUGGUUGAUCGGAUGGAGCGUUGCAUGUGGUUUGGCAAGAAAUGAUAUCGAGCUCUUCGUCUUCCGGGCGCUGGCAGGUAUGGGACCGAGUGCGACGGUACCUGCGGCGAUUGGAAUUCUGGCCAAAACAUUCAGGCAUGGGCACGCCAGGACAGUCGCUUUCGCAACAUUGCAAGCAGGCGCACCUCUCGGUAGUGCGUUCGGCUGCGUUCUGGGAGGUGUUGUAACACAAUAUGUGCCGCUGGAAUCGUGGCGAGCUAUGUUCUUCAUUCUGGCGGGUCUUGGAGUAGCCGUUCUCGUAAUGGCUCUCCUGGUCUAUCCGAAAGAUGAGCCAAGUACCGAAGUGUGCCGCAGAGUAGACUGGGUCGGUGCUUUAUUGAUCACAGGAGGGCUGGUCCUGUUCACAUUUUGUAUGGGACAAGGCGGGAUUGCGCCGUGGGGAUGGGCACCAGGAUACAUCAUAGCCCUUCUUGUGAUUUCUGUUGCAUUCAUGAUCUCGUUUGUCUUCCGGGAGUAUUAUGUCGAGAAGUGCUUGUCGCUGCCGCCCUUGAUGAGACUUGACUUGUGGAGGAGAUCUGGAGGACAAUUCGCAGCCAUACAAGUGAUUGCCUUCCUCGUGAACGGCGCAUUCUCGACCUGGUCUUAUUGGGCGACAUUAUAUUACCAAGAUUAUCUUGGAUUGACACCCAUUCAGACGAUGCUUCGUCUGCUGCCGAUGAGCGCAGCUGGUCUUACCGUUAAUGUGGUAUUCACCCUCAUUGCCGCGCAUGUACCUGGUCAAAUCAUCAUCAUGCUCGGUUGCAUCGGUACAGGGCUGGCCAACCUUCUGUUCGCAGUGAUCAAGACGAAUGUCGUAUUCUGGGGUUUUGGAUUUCCUGCUGCUAUCUUGAGCGUGUGGGGCGCAGACUUCAUUAUGUCAGGAGGAAGCGUGUUCACGGCACAUGUUGCAAUGCCUCACGAGCAAAGUCUGGCAGGAGGUGUAUUUAACACCGUCAAUCAGGUGGGUUCGACAUGCUCUUUCCACCAACAUGGGUGUUGCGCUCGAUGCGACUGCCACAAAUAUACCGCCGGACCCCUCCUUCAUGGCUAUCGGGUUGCUCAGUGGACGGCUUUCGCGUUCGCUAUGGGGGGUUUGGUUCUCAGCGUUGUUUGCUUGCGUGGAGUAGGCAUCUUACAGGCAGACAGAAGCCCAGAGUCGAGAGGAAAGAGGGAAAGAAUCGAGAAGGGGAGGAAGUCAGUGGCAGGAGCAAACGCGGGUUGA